AUGUAUUAUUUAAUACUUUUAAAUAGCUUUAUAGCGAUAAGUGCAUUAGAGUCACGCGUAUAUAAUGGCGUUGAUUUGAAUCCACAGCAACACCGGCAUUUGGUACUUCUUGAAAUCAAUAAUAUAGUAGAAGAUUCCAUUUGCACCGGCUCUAUAAUUAGUGAAAAAUGGAUAAUCACAGCCGCGCACUGCGUUGAAUACAAGGAUAAGAUCGUGUCAAUUACCGUGCGACAAUUCAAUAAAGAAAUCGACAGGAUCUUAACGCAUGUGAGACCAUACAAUAUUUUUAAACAUUCAUUAUAUAUCGACGGUCUUGAAGAGGUGCCCAAUUCAAAAAACGAUAUCGCUUUAUUAAAAGUUUCAAAUAGAAUCGUCUUUGAUAACUAUGCUUCGCCGAUUAAACUAGCACAAGUUCCCCCUCGGAUUGGAAAGCCUGUAAUGAUGGCUGGAUAUGGACUUAACGAGAUAUCAGACAUGGAGACACCAUUGCCGCGACAAGGAGUGGCAAAACUCACCCGAUGCCCUGACAAUAUAUAUGAAGGUAUGUGGUGUAUAUAUGACCAUGUUAAAAUUUCACAUGGAGACUCCGGCGGGCCACUGACCUAUAAGGGUAAAUUGGUGGGCAUUACAUCUGCAAGUGUUGGAGAUGGAUGCACAGAAGGGGAUUCUACAUGCCUUCAAAUUUAUCCAAAAACAACGGAUCACUAUAAUUGGAUUUUGAAAGUAAUAUAUCACAAUUGA